CUUGGGAGAUUUUAGGACUAACCACCAAAAAGGCACACCUCAGAGACUCUCUCUCAACGGUUUAUGUGUUCUUUUUUGGCCACAAGACCAAAAACUGGAGAGAAGAGAGAGAAGUUAGACAGAUUUCUAGAGACAGAAAGUGAGAAAAAAUGGAGAACAAAGAGGAAGCCAUGCUGAUAGUGGAAGAUGAAGCUCAAACUAAGAGUAGAGAAGGAGUAGCAGCCAUGGAUGAAGUCAUUUCUGUGGAGCUUCCUGCCCCACCUACUUGGAAGAAACUGUUCAUACCCAAGAAGGCAGGUACACCAAGAAAGAGUGAGAUUGUAUUCAUUGCUCCAACUGGCGAAGAAAUUGGUAACAGGAAACUGCUGGAGCAGUACCUAAAAUUGCAUUCUGGUAGUCCUGCAAUAUCGGAGUUUGAUUGGAGCACGGGCGAGGCGCCUAGAAGAUCAGUAAGGAUUAGUGAGAAGGUUAAGGAAACUCCGCCUAAAGAGGAGCCUCCGAAGAAACGGAGCCGAAAAUCCUCCGGUUCGAAGAAAGACAUGAAGGAGGAAGCUGAUGCAGUUCCUGAAGUUCCUGAAGAAGUUGAAAUGAAAGAUGCAGAGGGGAAUGACAAGGCGGGUGGCUAUGUUGGUGAAGCUGAAAAUGGUCAAACAGAACACCAGGAGAUGGCUCCUGAGGCGAAAGAAGGUGAAAAACAAGUUCUCGAGGGAAGUUCCGAGGUCGAUGUUAACUCUGAAUUUUUCGGUAAAGACGAAACGGAUAAGAAUGGUGGCAAAACCGACGGUCGAGGUUACAUUCAAGAAGCUGAAAAGCAAGGAAAUGAUGUAGCAGAAACAGUCUCACCUAAUGAGCAUACUGUUGCUACUGAGGUUAACCAAUCUGAAAAAGAGACAGACCAAGAAAACAACAUUCCCGACAAGGAUGACAACGAUCCUGGCAAUGUCAUCGUUCUACAAGCGAAAGGAGUCGUUGAGGAAGAGAAACAAAAUGAUCUGAAUGAAGCAGCAGCACCAGAAGACAAUGAGGGUAAGUGUAAUCACGACGUUUCAACAAAUGGCGCAGCUCAUGCCGAGGACCGAAGCAUCGAAGACGAUAACUUGGCGAAAGAAAACGGGAAGCUUUAGCUAGGACUGACCGAGGAAUAGAUGCAGCAGUGCAUACCACAACCGCCUGCAGACUGCUGUAUUAUGCCUACUUCCCAUCACCUUUUGGCGGUCUUGACACCAGAUCUUUGUAGCAACUGCUCACUCUCUUCCACGAUGACAGUAACUUUAGUAUGUCUUAGCUUUAGUUUUACGAAUGUAUUUACCGACAAGAGAACUCUUAGUUGUCAGAAUUAGAGUUUAGAAUCUGCAGCUUUUGUUGUUUUUGGUUACUGAACUUCUUUUGACCGUAGAAUGUUACUGUUAAUCAACCUUCUAAUUUAACUUCGGGUGAAACAUGUUCUUCUGUUUCA